AUUCUACUAGAGUCCGACAGUUGAAAAGUACUCCGAGUCCGAGAAGUACUGAAGUCCCUCCUGUACCCGUUGCAGAACAACUACAGCAUCAAGAGGACGACAGGCGACCGUCUAGUACCACAUCUUCUCAUCCCUUUCCAAAAACCGCAGCACUUUUCGGUGGUGAGCUAAGCAGUAGUAGCCAGUGGGUUCCUUUGACAAGAAAUACAAGGUCCAGAGCUAAAUCACCUGCGACUUCUGCUGCAGUGGGUUCAUCUUGCACGACAACUACAUCUAGCUGCCUAUCUAUGUCACAUCCUCUUCUUGGGCAUGACGAGUCUGGUUCAACGAGAAGCAGGAAAAACAGUAGAGAAGCAGUAGUGCCGAUGGAGAGCUUCGACAGUUUCCCUAGACCAAGCCUGAAAGAAAAGGGUCGUGGACGAGGUACUGUAGUUGGUGGAACAGGGACAUCUUCGUCAUCGUCGACUAGUAUAGCACACACACCCCUAGCACAGUUUCCUCCAACAGCAACCUUUUCAAGACCGCGAAAAGUAGAGCCUAGGUCAGCCAAAGCGCGAGCUAGGUCGAUGUCUGGUCCCAAAAUCAUUGUAGACAAGCAAGAGCAAGAAUUCUUGGAGACUGAAAGGGGCUUCAGCAAAGUGAGGAGGGCAUUUGAUGCUGGGAUAGAUCAGAGCAGGAAUAGUAGCCGGAUAACAUCGAGAACGAGAGAAAGGACACGCUCAGCGCCUAAUCUCCACCGACAUUUUAUCUACAGAGACUACGCUGGAGGUCGUGUAGAUCAAAAUACGAGUGACCGAUGGCACCGCAAAAGACGCUCGAGGUCAGCAGCAGACUACUCUUUUGAACGGCCAAGCUAUAGCAGAGAUUAUCAUCCCGAUCCCUCGAGGAGCUUAGCCGAACCCGAUUACGAUGCUACCUACGCGUACACACCACCUCCACCAGCAGUCAAAAACUCGGAGUUUCAUCUUCUUCAGCCAUCCUCGAGGAAGAGGAUGGGAUUCACGAAGAGUGGUAUUGUUCAUGGUCAUCAUGAGGCGCGGAAGGACAAGAACCACAACUUAUUCUAUAACACAGGCGAAAUAAGCUAUCUACCACGAAGAGUUGUACCAGAACUACGACCACGACCACGGGACGACGCCCUUCACGAUGCUUCACUUUAUCAGGAAGGAUCAGUCUACCACCCUUUCCCUACAGAAGAUCGUACCGCAGGACCGGACCACCAAAGAAGACCUGCUACACCUGCAGCGACUACAAACGCACCAGCCCAUCUUCUGCACUCAGAACUCUCCCGAGCCGCACACUCUAUAGCCGUAUUACAGGAGGAAUUGGACACACAAAUGGAGAAAGAGGCGAAGGCUAUACAGUUGCUUGACCAUUUUGAAACGGUUUUUCGGAGAUAUGGAGUGCUGAUUCCUCAGUGAUGUUACUCAGAUACCUUUUGAUGUUGAAGGGACUUAUUUACGUAAGAUGAUAGACAAAAACACUGUUGAUAAUGAAUACGUUCACUAUUUCGUUCCUCGAUGUUUUUGGAUGACGUCACUUUCUAACAUCUGAGCCUGAUGUUUUGGAAUCAAACAGUAGA